ACGUGGAUACGAGAAAAUAGGCCCAAAUAAUUAAUGGGCAUUUAUGGCCUAUUAGAAUCAUCUCUUGUUUAUUUAUUUCGUCGUAUAAUUAGAUUUAAAAAAAAACAAAUUAAACCGUUAUUAACUGACAAUACAAGUUACAUAACCAUAUAACCAUGGAAUCACCGAAAAUAUUCCUUCGGUCGUUUAAUCACUCAGACGCCGAAGACGUUCUUAAAUGGGCCGGUGACGAUGACGUCACACGUUACCACCGUAGGGACUCCGUUAUAGAAGAAGCCCAACAACACAUCGUCCAAAAGGCUAUACCACACCCAUGGCGUCGUUCCAUCUCUUUGCUUGACGACGGUCGUUCAAUCGGUUGCGUCUCCAUCAGGCCUGAUUCCGGAGAUGGUAGUUGCCGGGCUAACCUCGGAUACGCAGUCUCCAAAGAGUUUUGGGGGGGGCCGCGGGGGAUAGCCACUGCAGCGGUAAGGAUGGCAGUGGACCAAUCUUUCGAGGUUUUUCCGGCGGUGGUGGAAGUGGAGAAUAGAGCAUCUCAGAAGGUUUUGGAGAAAGUUGGGUUUGAAAAAGAGGGUUUGCUUAAAAAGUAUGGUUUUUGCAGAGGAGUGGUUAGAGAUAUGUUUUUGUAUAGUUUUGUUCAGUAUGAUAAGUAAUAUAAUAAUUAAAGGGAAAUAAUGGGAAGUAACUUGAUCAUAAGAUCUUGUUUUAGUUGAAAUGAUAUUUUAAGUUUGCAAAGAAAAAGAUGUUUACGGCAACGAGUGAUGGUCCCGUCUGUCUCUAUGUCCUUAUCAUGUCAUAAGUUGUUUUAAGUCGUGCCAUAUGAAUUAUGAUCUAUGGUGACUCUUCUCUUUA